GUGCCGGCGAUGACGCGGUGCAAUAUGGAGAUAUGUGACGAGUGAGAAUAUCCGGUGCGACCACCAUGGGAACAUGGGGCUGGAUGGGGUCGCUGGUUGGCUUGCUGCCGCCGCUGCUGCUGCUCCUCCUCGUCGCGCCGCAAUUCGCGCACGCACAGGACAAACAAUCAGUGCAGAGCAAGCGCACACUUUUCGGCGACAAAUGCAACGAGACGAAAGAAUGCGACUUUCCGAACGCCGUCUGCCAAAAGAUCAAAGGAUGUCAGUGCGUCGACGAGUUCCCCGUGACGAAUCAUUUAGACAAGUGUGGAAAAGUAGUGAAAGUGAACGAGUCAUGCAUAUUUUCGGAGCAAUGCGAAGCCGAAACCGAAAAGACCGAAUGCCGGGACCACGUCUGCGUGUGCAUGUUCGAAAUGCAGGCGAGCACAAAACCGGAUGGCACUCACGAGUGCGUCGCGGUGAAAAACGAAACCCAUCCGGAGAAAUACAUCGAUCCGGCGAUGAUCGGCAUACUGGUCGCCAUGUUUCUCAUGUUCAUCACCAUCUGUGUUGUAUUGCGACUCUUCAGCAAGGCAAGAUGGCGUGAGAAUCGUACUAUAUUCAACACGCCGAACCCGCGCCUGAUGAACGUGUCACUGCUGCGCGACAGCAAGCUGCUACACGAGCGCCGCGGUUCGAGGGGUAGCGUCCGAGGUCCGAGCCGUCAGCCAAGCAUGGCGUCACUACGUCCGCAUUCGCCCAAUUCACCAGCCGGGCGUCUGUUUCUAGGCUCACGACGCGGCUCGCACGGCAGCAGCAACGCCUCGGGCACCACGUCCAACAAGAGCCCGCCCCCCGGCCGCCAUCAUGCCCACGCCGACGCCCACGGACGUGACUCGUCCGUGACCACGCCCAUGCUCGAGAGCGUCACCGUCGAGAUUCAAAAGUAAAUACCAACAGACAUAUAUAGAUAAAAACUAGCGCCAUCUAUCUUUCAAUGGCUUAGAAUAUUUACUAAACUACUACCGAGCGCCACUUAUUAAGUAAAGGAAAAACUUUGAAAAGUAUCGUGUAAGUCAUGAAUUCUAACCUGUAAGUAGGUAAUAUCUAAAAAUAUGUAAUCUAAUCUAAAUAAUGGCCGACUAUUUGCAAGUUGCUAUCGUCAAAUAAAUUAUAGAUACAAAAAACUAACGGCGGAUUAACUUUGGCAUGCAGAUGAAAAAAUUUAGGGAAACGUUUAAAACACAAGUUAAUCCGACUUAAUCUUAGUGAUGACAGGGACCAGGAUUUACCAUUUGUCCACCAUCACGGUACUUAACUGUAAUAAUCGAUGCCUAACGACUUAAAAUUUAAAUUUUUUCAAAAAAUCAAUUUUUUCCACAUUUUUUCGAUUUUUUGUUUCAAAAUUACUGAAAAAAGUGAUAUGAAAAAAACAAACGAUUCAAAACACGAAUACAAUCACUUUGCCUCUCUAUGUAAUUUAAAAAUUUAGUUUAGUAAUUCAUAAUUUAUUGUUAAAAUUAGUUGAAAAGCGUUUUUUUCCGUAGAAUUUCAAGAGAUAAUCAACUUAAACGAAUCUUAACGAAACAUAGCUUUCCGUAGCGAGUAAAAAGUUAAGUAUAUUUAAAGAAAACCUAGUCAAACAAAGAAUAGCGUUCGAAGUUAGUUAAACAAUUAAACAUUUAAUUCCUAGAUGAUUUAAAUUUAAAAACAAGAAAAAACGUUUAAAAUAUUCCGAGUUUAAUCAGUCACCAACCACACAAACAUCACCAUACUUAUAAAACACACACAGUAAGUAUAAUUUUGUGUAUUUUGGGUUGUCUACAUCUACACUAACGCCACCUAUACACGAUUGACACGAUUAAAACACAGAAAAACGCAAAAAAAUCUACAAACACCGAUAAAACGACAAAAAAAUAUAAAUAAUACUACAGCCAGCACAAAUCUAACCUCUAAUCUAACUCUGAUUUCACUUUUCUGCAUAGUUAUUAAUUAAAUUUUAAAAAAUAUUGAUUUCUGAUUGAUUGUCGGUUUGGUGGUUCAAAAAAUACUGGGAAUAUUUUGUGAUACUACCAAAUAUGUAUUUGAAAGUAUUUAAAAGCGCAUAAAUAUAAAUUAAAUAUAAAAUUAUAAACAACACACACAAGAUGAUGACGUAAUGUGAAAUGUAAAAAUAAGAUAAUUAAUUAAUUAAUUACUCAAAAAAUAACAAAGCAACACUAUAUUAAUUUUCGGUUCAUGUCAUAUUGUGUCUACUGUCUCCCAUCGAAAUUUAGAAAGUAGUGGGAAAACUUUCUAACUUCCGGGGUGCCAGACGGACGAAUCACGCUUGAGGGGCGGUCCUUUAAAUGGGGCGUGGUUUAAAUCUACUACGCCUUGUUAUAUCAACACUAUCAAACUCUUUACACAACAAAAAAACGCAUUUUAUGCAUUUAAAACACGUCAACGUGCCACGCCCAACGCAUAAUUACUCUAUUAUACACGCUAACUAAUCAAGUAUAUUAAGUAUAUUUAAAAUGUUUGUUAGAUGUAGUUAAAUUGAUAAUUGAUAACGUCACCUCGUCACACCUGUUUGAUGCGUGGCGCGUCGACGAGUAAUUACACACACAUCCACAAAUAAACCACAAAAAACAUUAAAACAUACAUUUACUGAUAUAAUAUAGGCGUGGUUUAAAUUAGACACGCCCCCUUCGAAGGGGCGUAACCAUUCAGGCGUGGUUCUAUGUAAUAAACUCUUGUGAAACAUUUUUGCUCAGAAAAUUCAAAGAAUUGUGUUUUUUUGCUUUUAUCUUCACUCUUAACCUAAAAAUAUCACGUGACUGGCGUGUGUGUCACUUAUAUAGAUAAAAUAAAAUAUGGAAGAGAAUCAAAAAAGAAAACACACACACACACAACUUGUAAGCGUAAUUAUAAACCAAAAAAACUUAUGCUUUGACUCUGCUUAUGAGAUGGCGGCACUUUACUUAACCUCAAAUGUAAACCCACAAAAACGAAUAUUAUUGUAUCAUUGACAGAUGGGUGAAAAAGAAAUUUGAAAACUGAAAAUUUACAUUGUGUUGUGUUGAUAAUAUAUUACGCGAAAAUAUAAUAUCUAAUAUUAAAGUGAAAAGAAAAAAAAGUAAAAAAAGUUUAGCUUAAAAACUCUUUAUACUCUUGUACUGUACUGUAUUUUCACAUCUAAAUUGUACUUGCCAAUAAUAUACUUUUAAUAAAAUGCUAUUAAACUUAAUCCAAAAAA